UCGAGUGUGAGAGAGGACUUGGAUUGUGUUGUUUGGUAGUCUCGAUCUAUAGGUGGGCAAGCGAAAAAGAAGGGAAUAUAUAAAACCAAGUAAUUAGUGCGUUAUUCGUGAAUCGACGCGUCGAGUUAACGAGAGUUUUGGAUAGGUGAAAAAUAAAGUGUGUGCUGGAAAAGCUGUGUGUCAGUAACGAGACGAAACGCCCUUCAUUGGGUUGAAGAAGCAAUUGGGCUGUUGGUCCGAUUGGCAAAAUGACGACCGACAUCUCAGUGGUUCGUACGGGCUGGGAUCCUACGUUACAACAAGAGAUUGUCGAUGAGUACGAAUACGAUGGAGGAAAUUCGAGUUCGAGGCUGUUUGAGCGAUCGAGAAUAAAGGCUUUGGCAGGUGAACGAGAGGCAGUGCAGAAGAAGACGUUUCAAAAAUGGGUAAACUCACAUCUGGUGCGUUGCUCGUGUCGGAUCGGAGAUCUGUACGUGGAUCUACGAGAUGGAAAGAUGUUGAUAAAGUUAUUGGAGAUAUUGUCGGGUGAGCGUUUACCUCGCCCAACGAAAGGCAAAAUGCGUAUUCAUUGUUUGGAGAACGUUGACAAAGCGUUACAAUUUUUACGGGAGCAACGAGUACAUCUUGAGAACAUGGGCUCGCACGAUAUAGUGGAUGGAAAUCCGCGCUUGAGUCUCGGUCUCAUUUGGACGAUAAUAUUGCGUUUCCAAAUACAAGACAUCACGAUCGAGGAGACGGACAAUCAGGAAACAAAAUCGGCCAAAGACGCUCUUUUACUUUGGUGUCAAAUGAAAACAGCUGGCUAUCACAAUGUGAAUGUGAGAAAUUUCACGACUUCGUGGCGCGACGGUUUGGCCUUUAACGCAAUAAUACACAAGCAUCGACCGGAUUUGAUACAUUUUGACAAAUUGUCGAAAUCAAACGCUAUUUAUAAUCUGAACAACGCUUUCAACGUCGCCGAGGACAAACUCGGACUAACGAAGCUUCUCGAUGCCGAAGACAUCUUCGUCGACCACCCGGAUGAAAAAUCUAUAAUAACGUAUGUCGUGACGUAUUAUCACUAUUUCUCGAAGAUGAAACAAGAGACGGUGCACGGUAAGAGGAUCGGUAAGGUCGUUGGUAUCGCGAUGGAAAACGAUCGUAUGAUUCACGAAUACGAGAGCCUUACGAGCGACCUUCUCCGUUGGAUCGAAAGUACGAUCGAGGCAUUGGGCGAUCGCCGUUUCGCAAAUUCCCUCGUUGGUGUACAAUCUCAACUGUCCCAAUUCUCGAAUUAUCGUACGAUCGAAAAACCACCGAAAUUCGUAGAAAAAGGUAAUCUCGAGGUUCUACUCUUCACACUGCAAUCGAAGAUGCGAGCUAAUAAUCAAAAGCCUUAUACACCGAAAGAGGGAAAGAUGAUAGCCGAUAUAAACAAAGCGUGGGAGAGAUUGGAGAAGGCUGAACACGAGCGCGAAUUGGCAUUGAGAGAGGAAUUAAUACGUCAAGAAAAAUUGGAGCAAUUGGCGGCGAGAUUCAACAGGAAAGCGAGUAUGCGAGAAACUUGGUUGUCCGAGAAUCAACGACUCGUGUCACAAGACAAUUUUGGUUUCGAUCUUGCCGCGGUCGAGGCAGCAGCGAAAAAACACGAGGCCAUCGAAACCGACAUUUUCGCUUACGAGGAGCGUGUCCAAGCGGUUAUGGCUGUCUCACAGGAGCUCGAGGCCGAGAGUUAUCACGAUAUCGAGAGAAUCAACGAUCGCAAAGACAAUGUUUUACGUCUUUGGAAUUAUUUGCUCGAGCUUCUGCGCGCGCGUCGUCUGAGGCUCGAACUGUCAUUGCAGCUGCAACAAAACUUCCAGGAGAUGCUCUACAUACUCGACAGCAUGGAGGAGAUCAAGAUACGUCUGUUGACCGACGAUUACGGCAAACAUCUUAUGGGAGUCGAGGAUCUUUUGCAGAAACAUUCUCUCGUCGAGGCCGACAUAAACGUGCUCGGUGAACGGGUCAAAGCGGUCGUGCAGCAGAGUCAGAAGUUCAUGGAACAGGGAGACGGUUAUCGUCCCUGCGAUCCUACAAUAAUCGUCGAACGCGUUCAACAACUGGAAGACGCGUACGCGGAGCUGGUGCGGCUCGCAGUCGAGAGACGCGCUCGUCUCGAGGAAUCUCGUCAACUUUGGCAGUUCUACUGGGACAUGGCCGACGAGGAGAAUUGGAUAAAGGAAAAAGAGCAAAUCGUUUCGACCGGGGACAUUGGUCACGAUCUUACCACCAUUAAUUUAUUACUCUCGAAGCACAAGGCUCUCGAAAAUGAGAUACAAUCCCACGAGCCGCAACUCAUGUCCGUCGCCGCAGUCGGCGACGAACUCGUUCGCCAACAACACUUUGGUUCGGAUCGUAUACAAGAGAGGCUCGAAGAGAUUCUCGGAAUGUGGAAUCAUCUGCUCGAUCUUGCUGCUUUCCGCCGAAAACGUCUCGAGGAAGCGGUUGAUUAUCAUCAAUUGUUCGCCGAUGCCGACGACAUUGAUAUCUGGAUGCUCGACACCGUUCGUCUCGUGUCCUCCGAAGACGUUGGUCGCGACGAGGCUAACGUCCAGUCGCUUCUCAAAAAACACAAGGAUGUUACGGACGAGCUGAAGAAUUACGCCACCACGAUUGAACAGCUCCAUCAACAAGCUUCUCUCCUCGGCGAACAGGACUCGAAAUCAGCCGAAGUUCUCGAACGUCUCGCUUCGAUCGAUUCCCGCUACAAGGAAUUGCUCGAGCUCGCCAAGUUACGGAAACAACGGCUGCUCGAUGCUCUCUCGUUGUACAAACUGUUCAGCGAGUCCGACGGUGUCGAACAAUGGAUCGGUGAGAAGAAUCGCAUGCUCGACACAAUGGUGCCGGCCAAGGAUAUCGAAGACGUUGAAAUAAUGAAACACCGUUACGACGGUUUCGAGAAAGAAAUGAACGCCAACGCUUCUCGCGUCGCUGUUGUCAAUCAGCUGGCGAGACAGCUGCUACACGUUGAACAUCCCAACUCGGAAGAAAUAGUUUCCCGACAAAACGAUCUCAAUCAGAAAUGGGCCGAGCUCAGGGAGAAGGCGGAAGGUAAGAGAGAGGCUCUCAAUUCCGCUCACGGCGUUCAAACCUUCCACAUCGAGUGUCGCGAGACCGUCUCCUGGAUCGAGGACAAGAAACGUAUUCUUCAACAGACCGACAGCCUUGAAAUGGAUCUGACCGGUGUAAUGACUCUCCAACGUAGAUUGAGCGGUAUGGAGCGCGACCUUGCCGCGAUUCAAGCCAAGCUCGAUGCCCUCGAGAAAGAGGCUCAGCUCAUCGAGGAAGAACACCCCGAAGAGGCUGCUCUCAUACGCGAAAGAAUUACUCAGAUUCACACCAUUUGGGAACAACUUACCCAAAUGCUCAAAGAAAGAGAUGCCAAGCUCGAGGAGGCCGGCGAUUUACAUCGUUUCCUACGCGAUCUCGAUCAUUUCCAAGCCUGGCUGACCAAGACCCAAACCGACGUCGCGUCCGAAGACACCCCGACGAGUCUCGCCGACGCUGAGAAGCUUCUGACUCAGCAUCAAAACAUCAAAGAAGAGAUCGACAAUUACACCGACGAUUAUCUAAAGAUGAUGGAAUACGGCGAACGUUUGACCGCCGAAGCUGGCGACGGUGACACCCAAUACAUGUUCCUCAGGGAACGUUUGAACGCGCUGAAGAUGGGCUGGGAAGAGUUGCACCAAAUGUGGGCGAAUCGGCAGAACUUGUUGUCCAACUCGUUGAACCUUCAAUUGCUCGAUCGCGAUGCCCGACAAGCCGAAGUUUUGCUCUCCCAACAGGAACACAUACUCGCCAAGGACGAGACACCCGCGAAUUUCGAACAAGCCGAGAACCUUAUAAAACGACACGAGGCAUUCAUGACGACUAUGGAUGCGAACGACGAAAAGAUCAAUUCCGUCGUUCAAUUCGCCAGUACGCUCGUCGACGAGGGACACUUUGCCGCUGACAAAGUCAAGAAGAAGGCCGAGAGCAUCAGCGAGCGCAGAAACGCGAAUCGCGAAAAGGCUAAUCAAUUGAUGGACAAACUCAAGGAUCAAUUGCAGCUCCAAAUGUUCUUGCAGGAUUGCGAAGAGUUGGGCGAAUGGGUUCAGGAAAAACACAUCACCGCGCAGGACGAGACUUAUCGCAGUGCGAAAACCGUACACAGCAAAUGGACUCGUCAUCAGGCUUUCGAGGCCGAAAUCGCGAGCAACAAAGAUCGCCUGCAACAAUUGCAACAAGCGGCCGAUGAACUCAUCGCCCAAAAGCCCGAACUGAGCGAAAUUAUAACUCCGAAAGUGCUCGAAUUGGCCGAUCAAUUUGAGGAACUCGAGACUACGACGCACGACAAGGGCGAACGCCUGUUCGACGCGAACCGCGAGGUUCUUAUUCAUCAGACCUGUGACGACAUCGACUCGUGGAUGAACGAGCUUGAGAAACAAAUCGAAAGCACCGACACCGGCUCCGAUCUUGCUUCCGUCAACAUACUCAUGCAAAAGCAACAAAUGAUCGAGACCCAAAUGGCCGUGAAAGCUCGUCAGGUUACCGAGCUCGACAAACAAGCCGAGCACCUUCAACGCACCGCGCCCGAUGGUAAAAUGGAGGAGAUCAAGGUUAAGAAAGAAAAGGUUGCUCAACGUUUCGCACAAUUGAAAGAACCCCUGGUCGACCGUCAACGUCAACUCGAGAAGAAGAAGGAAGCUUUCCAAUUCCGUCGCGACGUCGAGGACGAGAAACUCUGGAUUGCCGAAAAAAUGCCACAAGCAACGAGCAACGAGUACGGCAAUUCUUUGUUCAACGUUCACACGCUCAAGAAGAAGAAUCAAUCGUUGCGCACCGAAAUCGAGAAUCACGAGCCGCGUAUAAAUCUCGUUUGCGAUAAUGGACGAAAACUCAUCGACGAAGGGCACGAAGCUACGGAGGAAUUCACUCGUCUUAUUUCCGAAUUGACGGAAAAAUGGCGCGAGCUCAAUGACGCCGUUGACGAGAGAAACAAUAUGCUGUUACAGAACGAGAAAGCGCAGCAGUAUUUCUUCGAUUCGACCGAAGCCGAAUCUUGGAUGAGCGAACAAGAGCUGUACAUGAUGGUCGAGGAUCGUGGCAAGGACGAAAUCUCCGCUCAGAAUCUUAUGAAGAAGCACGAAUCUUUGGAGAACGCCGUCGAGGAUUACGCCGAAACGAUACGUCAACUCGGAGAAACUUCCCGUCAACUUAUCAACGAUCAACAUCCUCUUGCCGAUCAAAUAGCCGUGAAGCAAUCACAAGUUGACAAGCUGUAUGCCGGUCUCAAAGAUUUGGCUGGUGAACGACGAGCCAAACUCGACGAAGCCCUUCAACUGUUCAUGCUGAAUCGCGAGGUCGAUGAUCUUGAAACGUGGAUCGCCGAGAGAGAAGUUGUCGCCGGAAGCCAAGAGCUCGGCCAAGAUUACGAUCACGUUACUUUGCUUUGGGAGCGAUUCAAAGAAUUCGCACGAGACACCGAGACCAUUGGCAACGAGAGAGUCGCUGCUGUCAAUGGAAUCGCUGAUUCUUUGAUCGCUACGGGACACUCCGAUGCCGCUACGAUUGCCGAAUGGAAAGACGGCUUGAACGAAGUUUGGCAGGAUCUUCUCGAGCUCAUCGAAACGCGAACGCAAAUGCUCGCUGCCAGUCGCGAGUUGCACAAAUUCUUUCACGAUUGCAAAGACGUUCUUGGUCGUAUACUCGAAAAACAGAACGCCAUGUCGGACGAACUUGGACGUGACGCCGGCUCCGUUUCCGCCCUCCAAAGAAAACACGCCAAUUUCAUACAAGAUUUGUCUACUUUACAAAAUCAAGUUACCCAGAUCCAGGACGAAUCCAUGAAGCUUCAGGCGAGCUAUGCCGGGGACAAGGCCAGUGAGAUAACCAAUCGUGAAGCUGAAGUUGUCGCCGCCUGGAACAAUCUCCAGGCACUCUGCGAAGGCAGAAAAGCCAAGCUCGAAGACACCGGAGAUCUCUUCAGAUUCUUCAACAUGGUUCGAACUCUCAUGAUCUGGAUGGACGAUGUCGUACGGCAGAUGAACACCUCCGAAAAACCCCGCGACGUUUCCGGCGUCGAAUUACUCAUGAACAAUCAUCAAAGUCUCAAAGCAGAAAUCGACACGCGAGAAGAUAAUCUGCUCGCUUGUAUCAAUCUUGGCAAAGAUUUGCUCGCUCGUAACCACUACGCCAGCACUCAGAUCAAAGAGAAAUUAUCCGCUCUCACCGAUCAUAGGAAUGCUCUUUUGCACCGAUGGGAGGAACGCUGGGAAAAUUUGCAGCUCAUUUUGGAAGUUUACCAAUUCGCCAGGGACGCAGCGGUCGCAGAGGCGUGGCUAAUUGCCCAAGAACCAUAUCUGAUGAGUCAAGAACUUGGUCUCACCAUAGACGAGGUCGAGAACCUGAUAAAGAAACACGAAGCGUUCGAAAAAUCGGCAGCUGCACAAGAGGAGAGAUUCAGUGCCUUGGAACGACUCACAACGUUCGAGCUGAAGGAAUUAAAGAGACGAGAACAAGAACAGGAGGAAGAGGAAAGACGCAAAAAGGAAGAGGCUGCGGCUGCCGAGGCCGCGAGACAGGCGAGAGCAACACCGGUCACGAGUCCGGACGAACCACCGAGCGAACGUGCCGAAGCCGACGGUGUCACGAGCGGAGAUCGCGGGGAAGACGAUUCUCACGUGGCACUGCGCAAGGUUUCUUCUACACGAACACCGCAAUCCCAAGAAAAACCCAAGGAAGUGCAUGCACAGAAGCCCGCACGUCUCUCCCAACCUGGAGAAGCGAUUCGACCCGUUACACCGUCGACUCCGAAAUCACGAGCCUCUGUUCCUUCGACACCAACAACUCCGAAAGGCGGAAGCAGCUCGGAAUCCGGUACUUUAAGACGUAAGGAACGCAGUCGCAGCAAAUCACCGUUCCGUAGUUUCCAUUGGAAAAAGUCGGCCAAAUCACCGAGCUUAGAUCGCAGUGGUGUGAGCGAUGAUGAGCAUAGUUUCCGCGAACAAAGAAGUCCGAGCGACGACGAAUUCGAGGGUACCCUCGUGCGCAAACAUGUCUGGGAGACAAUGGCGAAAAAAGCCUCGAGCAGAUCGUGGGAUAAACUUUAUAUGGUCGUACGAGGACAAAAUUUGAUUGCUUACAAGGAUCAAAAGUCUUACAAGUCAACGCCUGACCAGCCCUCCAAGGGCGAAGCUUCCCUUGAUUUGAGAGGUGCGACGAUCGUCGUCGCUAGCGAUUAUACCAAGAAGAAACACGUCUUCCGAGUCAAGUCGCAAGGCGGUGCAGAGUUCUUGUUCCAAGCGAAAGACGACGCAGAGAUGCACGAAUGGGUCAGGGCUCUCAAUCAAGCGGCCCAAGGAACAUCCGGAGCUGGUUCAUCGAGGGCGCAUACUUUGCCGGCGUCGACACAAGCCGAAACGAAACGACGCAGUUUCUUCACGCUCAAGAAAAAUUAAACCGGAGCCGUGAAGUUUCGCCGGAAGUGAAGCACUCUGAGAGGACCUCGUUGAAGAAAAAAAAACCCAAAUUUUACUGGACGAGGAAGAGUGGAAAAAGAGAAAAAAUUUAUUUCGUCGCUCUACAUCGUUAAAGCAACGCUAAUAAUAAUAAUGAGUAACGAGAAAAAACAAAUCAAGAACGGGGGGGGGGGGGGGAGAAGAAGAGAGAAAAACAAUAUUCGGACGAUCCAGGCCCGUUGAAGGAAGAGAGAGAAAGAGAAAGAGUCUCGAAUCAAAGACGAGAGAGCCAGAUUGAUCAAGAAUUUCGCAUUUUUAAUCUCGAGACGAUAUUUAUUAUUAUAUGCCUGCACGAGAAUGAUUGGCUACGUUGCUGACACAGUGAAUUACGUAUGUGUAUUUGUGCCUAUGUAUGCGUGCGUGCGUGCGUGUGUGCUGCGUGCGUUCUUUGUGCGAAUGCGCGAGUGUCUGAUAUUCGUGUUUAUUUUUGUGUUAUCGACGCCCAACGAUAAGCGGUGAAGAGAAGAGAAUAAGAUGUGAAAGAGAAUAAUAACUAACAUGAGAGAAGGCACGACGGAUUUCGGGCACGAAAAUAUGAACGUCGUAAGCCUCGACAAGAAAUAUCGCAAUUUGGCUUCUCGCUGUACGUUUCAAGACCGCCUGCAAUCUUGCUAUGAUUAACCACGAGCAAAUUAUAAUUCACGCGUCCCAGGUUAGCCCGAACAAAAACAAAAGAUUAAGCUACAUGCAUCUUUAAAAAAAUAUUCGAAAAAAAUGAAAGCGGACAUGGAGAGAAAAAAUAUAUUAUAUUUUCUUGUCACUUCUGAUGACAAGACUCUCUUUUUUCUCUCUCUCUCUCUCACUUUCUUUUUCAUUGUUACUCUCGAGCAUGCGAUCGAUAAAUAAGAAUUUACGAGUUCAUCACACGUUCAAAUACAGUACUUCAGAUUGAAAUUGGCUCGAGGAGGGCUUUUUUCUCAAACACAUUUUUCGAACGCUCCCACAGAGCCCAUAACAAAAAUGAGACGAUCUCCUCACGGAAAAGUAUUAACGAUUGACAAAUUGAUUUCAAAUUGUUUUUCAUCUCUAUUGAUUUUGACGCGAUGAUCCUUAUACUCAGCUUCUCGGGAAUGUUUAUCUGGAGAAAUGAUAGAACUACAAGUUGUCGAAACUUCGCUUUCACUUUGGAUCUAUUGAAAAAUAAAUUUAGGUUUUAUGAAUUUCGAUACUUUUUGCUAGAAAAGAGAAUCAAUUUUGAAGAUCGAUUCGAACAAUAAUCGAAUUUGCGACAGAAUGAUUUUUCAUUAAUCCUACGAUAGAUUGAGGAUGGGAGAGAUUCAGUUUUUUUUAAAUUCUUUUUCUGGGCGAGUCAACGCAUGCAAUUCUUAAAGAAGCUGUCAAAACGUUGUCAAAACGAUGUUGUUUUUAUUUUAUUCAAUCUCGUUUUUUAUUAUUUUUAAAUUUAUUUUCAUCUCUUCUUUUCUAUUUUCUAAUUCUCAACUCUUAGACCCCUCUUUUGCUGUCGCAAACAGGACCAGUUUGCGUUUGGAUAACUGCCAUAUAUUUUAUAGGAGGGUAUUCAUCUGGAAUGACCUACUGUAUUAAAAAAGGGAAAAGAAGAAGAAAAGAUACGUAGCUUUUAACAAAUGUUAUAGAUGCAAUUUUUGUCGCGAUCGGGCAAAAAAAGUAAGCACAUCCGUUCGAACCAUAGAAUGGGAAACGAAGAAAAAGCGAUUAAAACGGAAACCAAUAAGAUCGAAUGCUGUAAUAAAACGACAUGAAAAAACAAAACGAAAAAAAGUAUAAUAUGCAAACGAAAAAUGCGAAAAUUUUCCUCCUUCACGAACCCAGUCAAGAAUUAUAUGACGAUGCGAGAAUGAAUCUAAUUUCACGAACGCGAUAAGCGAAACGGAACCUACUCCGACUCUUCCGACCUCGGAAAAGAAAAGUCAAUUUUUUUUCUCUCUUCGACUCUCACACGACUUCGCAACAAUGGCGAUCUCUUUUAUUCUCAAUUGUUAUUUUUUAUCGAUAUUUAUCAAUCGCAAUCUUGUUUCCUUAGGGUGUAAGAGUAUUAAGGAGGAAUAAACAAAUUUAAAAAGAAUACAAUAAACGCGCAAGUAAAGCUGUGAGAGAGAAAAAAAUGUAGGAGUUUUCAAGUUUCUACACACGACAGGCUUUUUACCUUUUCUCUUUUUUUUUCCUUUUACCAACGCUGCCCCUUCGAGUAUUUUCUCAAUUUAUAACUACGAAUAUACAUGAGAUAUAUAUAUGAAUGAUUUUGAGCGAGCGCGACUUAAGAAACGAGAUUUUAGUUUCGGAAAGAUUAUCAAGGCCGAGAGAGGGUGCAAUGUUUUUUUCGAAUUGAUUUUUUUUUCUUAGCUUUCUUCCCUUCCUUCCACCACCAGCCCCUCCCGAAAAAGUGAGGCUUGAACGCACGAGAGGGACUUGUACAUAUGCGAAUGCACGAGAUGCCCUAACGCCAAUGCACCGCGAAUAAUAAGCUCUGCGAACCGUGAUUCCCCCAUUUAUCAUGGUUUAUCGAAGGAGAAUGAAGAGAAAACGGGAGAACAUUGUAGAGAGAAACAAGAUUUCACCCUCUUUGCCAAUAUUCCGAGUCGCAAGAAAGAGAUUAUUUAGAAUUGAACCACAAAAAUGAUAAAUAUGAAUAUUGAUCUGCUUGUUUUUUUCCCCCCGUAUAUAUCUAUAUAUAUAUCUAUAUAUUUACAUGUAUAUAAAUAUAUAUAUGAAUAUGAAGACAAACGAGACAUUGAAUUAAUUAUAAGAAAAAGAGAGAGAGAGAGAAAGAGAAAAAGAGCGGGAGAAAAAUAAGGAAAAUCAUAUUAUUAUUAUUAUUAUUAUUAUUAUUAUAGAUAAUAUAUAAUUGUAAAACUUAUAUAGCUCUUUUCGUUUUAAAACGGCCUUCCUUAUAAAUCCCAGCCACCCUGUCCUGUUCCUCGUCACCUGAUCCUCGAACACUCUUACCCUUUGAACUUCGGUACGAAAAAAAAUGUGUAGAAAAAAGAUUUAUCACGGAAAGGUCGUCUUUCAAUAGACGUGGUUCUUCAAUGUCGUCCAUUAAUUGAUCGAUGAUACAUAUUCAGUAAUCGAUGUUCCGUGUAAGGGCCGAUUUAUCAGGAAAAGAACUCGACCGAAAGUUUAGCGAGAUUUUGACGGAUCGUUGUUAUUUCAUAGAUUCUAUGCAGACACGUACGCCUCACGCGUGCACAAUACCACGCUAAGUUAUUUCUCGGUGUUUUUUUUACCAAUCAUGUACGAAGGAAAAUCGGAAAAAUUUAGAGUAGAUUAUUUCUACGAAAUUUGGUACGAUGUAGAAAAAAAACGAGUAGUUUAUUGGUUAUUUUUUGUCAAAACUUUUCAUAUGAUUCAGUUGCCAACGUUAUCUUCGAGUUAAUUAAGAUCAUUAAGUCCGUACGACAAAUUCUAUAUUAAGAAUAAAAUGAAUAUUUCAAUAUUCUUUUUCGAUAUCACUUUGCUAUUUUCGCUCAUUUUGGAUGCUCUGGAUAAUCCCUAAACUCCAUGAGAACAAAAAAAUCAAAGGUUUCUCCUGAAACUAAAAUCAACACUAUAAAAAUUAGCAGAUCUCAAUGGCUAUGAUGACUAUUAGUGAUAAAAUGUUGCAACUAAUAUCGUGGGUGUAUACUCUCAUAGUUUAUACACAUAUACAUAAAGAACAAAAUCUAUGUAUAGUUUGAGAAUUUUUUCAAUUUGUUUAGAGCGACGAUAGUGGAUUAUUAAUCCUGCUUCCAAAGAAUGAAUCAAAUUCAGCGGCAUAUUGUAACAACGUCCAACUUACCAGUCAUUAAAAAAUAUUUCCUCGUGGCCCAAAGAAGUAAAUUUUAUCCAUGCUUAUACGUUUUCCGUAAAAUUAUAAAAAGAAAUAAUAAGUGAAGCUUACCAUGUAAA